CGGAAAUAAAAAAAAAUGCUAAAGUAGGCAAAUUCCCAGAAUUCUACGCUCAUAACAUACAAAAUGUCGUCUUUAGGAUCAGAAAAUCGUAUGGAGCCCUUUUUUGUUUCAUCUUGGAGGCCCAACUCUAACCUACCGGUGCGAUACGGUCAUAGCGAACUUGGUUUCUUUUCUAUUGACGAAGAAAGGCACUUCUUACCAAACAAAUGUAAACUUGGGACGUUGCAGCUACCACAGAACUGUGAUAGCCUCGAUAUAGAUUUAAAUGUGGGAUUUGAGCAAUGGAAAGAACUCCCAAACGUCCAACAACACCUUGAUUCCAUGCUGCAAUGGAUUCUACUGAACAAACAAUUGAUGACGAGAACAGGUGACUUCCGCUCGAGCAAGGAUGGUGGCAGGUACUUUCACGUAGAGUAAUAGCUUGUAUUUCUGAACUACAGCGAUACAACAAAUAGUUAAGCACUGUCCUGCACUCUGAGAGUAUGGGAGAAGGUUAACAGUUUUUUUGUUAUCAUGCGCAACUGAAGAGGAGCGAGACCCUCGUGAAAUGAGUGGAGAUGGAGAUGAAGGAGUAGGCUUCCCUUUUAUCUACUACGUAAAAAAAUGUUCUUCUUGUUGUUGACUUGAAUACGCCGAUAGCAGGGUAGCUUUCAGUAAUCGCCAUUUCUUUUUAUCAGUUCCAAGCGAAUAUUAACAGAACCAAUAAUUUUACUUGCUGACUACCCAACUGCGAUUAAAAAAAGAUAUUCAGAAUAACGAUCCAAACGGUGGAUAGAAUGCCUGCUGGGAUUGCCAAAGUGAUGCGAGUGUCUUCUUUCACACGAUUGUUGGUCUCCCCCAUUUGAGUAAAAUCGCAGUAUCUUUCAUUGCAGCUGAAACUUUCACCUCGAUUUCGAAGAGUGACCAGGAGAGAUAAAAGAGUGAGGGUUUAAGGACAAAUAUUGGCAUGAGGAAAGGUUUAAAUUGAACUACCACAGCAAAAUUUUAAUAUGUAUACAGCUGACUUGGAACUAAUUCCAGUCGAGUUUUGCAGCUCAACCUGUCUGGACAUUUUAAGCAGAUUUAUCUAGUCGACGGAAAAAGCUUUUUCUUUCUCAGUUGCCAAAUUAUACAAUGGAAACAUUGACUAUGCAAGGGGGACUUUUUAAUAUGUUUUUUUUUCUUAUGCCCCAGUUAAUCUUUUCUUCUAGACUGGAUGUGGACUUUGUCACGUCGCGUGGUAAUCUGGCGCGUAUCCUUAACAUUUGGAGUGGAAAAGAUGGUAAAGGCCGAAAGUGGACCCUUUUGGCCACUCGCUACAGAGGAACAGUUUACCUGAGCCACAUCGAAGAUAAUCGAGACGAUGAAAUGUCGUCCUUUGCUCGAAGGGUUUGUUACUGGGGAAAAAGGUUUGAAGUGGAAGUCACUGCACCCGCAGAAGAAGACUCGCUCCCAGGCUAUUCGCGUGGAAACAAAGAGGAACGAUAUGGUCCUAUGAAAGCUUACCCAGGGUUCUUUUCAGUCGUAAGAUUUCAGUUGGAAGGUCAUAAGAUUGCGCUAAGAGCUGAAAUUGAUGCCCAAACGCAAGUAAGUGAUUCUGACAUAAUUAAAGGUUCAGAUUAAUUAGGAAAGGAACGCCUUAUACCACUUUCCAAACUUUAGAUAUUUUUACAAACUAACUUGAGAAGACACUCUGGACCCUGCAGUAUCACUGCAGGGCCCAGAGAUUGACGAAAAUCGGACAUGAAACGUCGAGCUCGACCCGUUUAAAUGGACAGAACAUACACUUGAUUUCUGGGUGGAGCAGUUUUAUUGUUAACUGCGCAGAUACUAGAGAGAACUAUGCCCCACGUCGAUUAAAUUUCAUCAAAGAAAUUCUUUGAGAGUAUACUUCUGUUUCGACUAAGUUUCGACUGGUUUGCGAAGAUCUGAAAUGACAAGAAAACAUUACUAAACAUUACUCUUCCGCUUGAUUUUUCAGGCUCUGGAUGAGCUUCAAAUUCCAGACUACGUAGAACUCAAAGUUACGACCGAAAAUAUUGUGCGGGCUACUUGGGCGUUUAAACGAAAGAGACUAGUACCCUGGUGGUGUCAAUCAAUCGUUUCAGGAACGCCGCUGAUUGUGUACGGUAUCCGAGACUACGAUGGUCACGUGAAACGUAUCCAGCACGUGAGAACUGACGAGAUACCUGAUGAGGUUGGGCAUGAAAAUCUCGACAAAGAUGGAUGUUUGAUGUUCUUGAGUGAUGUGCUCUCUUGGAUGAAAGACAUCGUGUUCGAAGAGGACACCAUGGCUGUCUAUGCCUUUCAGUGGGAUCCAAACGCGCCUGCUAAUGGCGUGACGGUGAGCGCGUUGCGUGACACAGAGGGCACUUUCUUGCCUGAUUGGUACUUGAAUGAGAUGGAAGAUUAUUUUGCGAGUCUUUGUGACCAACGGCAAAGCAAAGGCCAGAAAAGAAAAAUGGAGGACGAAAGUCAAAAUAAAGAUCGAAAGGAAGGAAUGAAGGAUAUGCGCAAACGACUAGAAGAAUCUUGGCCAAGAACAACGGAUUCUGGGAAGUCGGACUAUCAUGAGAACAUACAACGAAGGAAUUUAUCCCACCCCACGGCGCGGAGGUCGUAUGACGACCGUGAUCGCGGGAAAGCAACGCAGGUGUUGUCGCAUGACACACCUGAUGAGGGGCGCCGCCCAAAAAGAGAAUCGUCCCAAAGAGGAGAUUUCAAAAGAGAACAUCACGCAUCAAGCGUGGCCUAUAGAAAUGAUACAGAACGUGCCAUUGCAACUGAGACGCGACUUCAUCUUGGUAGAACUAGCACUCGUGAUGAUCACCGGCACCCAUCGCCACAGUUUCAUCAAAGUAACAGAAAGCAACUUGAUAAAGUUACAAGAUCUGAAAGAUACCGUCGAGAGGAGGAAGAUCAGAGACGGCCACGGUCGUGGUCGGUUAUGUCGCCACGUAUGGAAACACAUUCCCUAAGAUCGGGUAAUAAAGGUUAUCCUUUUGCCGAUGCUGAACGGAAAUCAGAAGAGUCAAGAGUUAAACGACCCAAGCGAGACUCGGAGCAUCGAGGUUUCAGAAGACACUGAUAUUCAUAUCGGAACUUCAAAAAAGAACCUUUAAAUCGAAAUUCAGUUACCUAUAAACAAUCUUCACAAAAAUAGGAAAACAUAGCGCGUGAGGAAAUGCGAGAUAUUUUUUUUUGAAAGUACAUUUUAGGAACGUUUAAGUAUUUUUCACUUUGUUUGAUACAAAUGUACAUAUGUAAUAAUCAUUCUCUGUCAUAUUUAGUCUAGACGUAUUUGAGGCUACCACCUCUAUUUUUAAUCGAGAUUUAAAAGGGUCGAUUGUCCAAACAACCAAUGUAUUUUAUAGACAAUCUUUUAACCAAAAAAACAAAACAAAACAAAAAAGAAACCAACAGAAAGGUCUUGUUUGGUAAGGACCGUUGGUAAAACUUUUGUACCAUACAAACAAAAUCUGGUGAAAAAUACACCGCGAGGUGCUUAAUUACUAAAUACAUUUCGUGUUCCGAACUCAAAGGAGGCGGAAAAAAAAAAGAUAACUCAAAUUCAGUAGAUAUAAGUAGGGAUACAUGCAUGAAAAAUGAAACUACACUUUUAUUAAGAGUGUAAGUAUCUUUCACAGCAUUAAAACGUUCAAAAAGCAUGAAGCAAGAGGUCUUUUGUACGAGGAUCAGGUCACCUGUUGAUAGCAUUUUACGAGGAAUUACCGGUUUUGUUGACUCUGCAUUGACUCUAGAGUUUUAUUGAGGUUCUCUUGCUAAUGUGAAUGAUAAAUGAGGGCCACAAGUGAAAGUAACGUAGAAGAGCAUAGCUCUUGGCUUUGCUAGAUCACUGUAAUGGUAGGUGAAUGAGUGUGGCUAUUAAAAUUCUUUGUGCAC